CCAAAAGUCAACACAAAUAUCAUAUCAAUUUGUUUGCAGUGAUUGAGAGAUUGAGACAAAGGGAUGACAGAUAUGGACAAAACAAACCAUCGGAUGUUAGCCAUCGCUAAACAGAAUAUGGUGGAGUCUGGAGAACGGGACCAAUUGAUGCAAUUGUUGCGGACACGACUUCUGGAGUGCGGAUGGAGGGAUCAGGUGGUGAUGGAGUGCAAGGAUGUG